AUGACUAAAAGAUCGUUUUCUCAAAUAAAUACUGAUAAUAAAACUUUGACUCCUUUGAGGAGAUCAAAAAGAGAUGCAGCCCCUCCAAAACGAUAUUCGUCCCCAUCACCACCACCAACUAAGAAAAGAGGUCGUCCGUUAAAGAGAGGGGCCUGGGCGGCCUCGAAAGAAUUUGAGAGACGAAAGUCAGGAAGACCGUCAAAAAGAACCAGGGUUAUGGAUACAUCCGCAUCCGAUAAUGAUUUCGAUCACAAUUUGGAUUUUCUCUUUCAUCCAAAUAGUCUCAUCAUGCUGGCAAAUGUGUCUUUUCAUGCCUGGCAACAAAUGGAAGUCGACG